AUGGUGUUUCAUGCUGAGUUUGAGCGUGCAGGUCAGAGGGCGGGGCUUCAGGUGUGGCGUGUGGAGAACAUGGAGCUGGUUCCUGUUUCUGAGAGUCUGUACGGAGGGUUCUACACCGGGGACGCUUACCUGGUCCUCCACAGCACCGAGACCCGGGGGGGGCGCCUGCAGUACGACCUGCACUACUGGCAAGGUUCAGAGUGCUCUCAGGAUGAAAGUGGUGCGGCGGCCAUCUUUGCGAUCCAGAUGGAUGACUUCCUGCAGGGGGCGCCAGUUCAGUACCGUGAAGUCCAGGGCCACGAGUCCAGUACCUUCACCGGGUACUUCAAAACUGGACUAAAGUACAUGAAAGGGGGCGUGGCCUCAGGAUUUCAGCACGUGCUGACCAAUGACGUGGAGGUUAAUAGGCUUCUACAGGUCAAAGGUCGACGGGUCGUCAGGGCAACGGAGGUUCCUGUCAGCUGGGAGAGUUUCAACCAAGGAGACAGUUUCAUCCUGGACCUGGGAGAGGAAAUCAUCCAGUGGUCCGGUUCCCAUAGUAACCGCUUUGAGAAGCUGAAGGCGACCUUGGUGUCUAAGGGUAUCCGUGACAACGAGCGGUGUGGGCGGGCCCAACUGCAGUUCUGUGAGGAGGGGGCGGAGCCUGAGCGGAUGCUGGAGGUUCUCGGGGAGAAGCCGGAGCUGCCUGACGCUCACCAUGACGACGCCAAGAUGGACGCCUCCAACAGGAAACUGGCCAAACUUUACAAGGUGUCCAACGCCGGCGGUGACAUGGAGGUUACCAUGGUAGCAGAGCACAACCCGUUCUCCCAGAAUGCUUUGCAUUCCAGCGAGUGUUUCAUCCUCGACAACGGAGGCAGCGGACACAUCUUCAUCUGGAAAGGGAAGGAUGCGAACACUGAGGAGCGUCAUGCUGUUCUGAAGACCUCAGAGCAAUUCAUCCACAAGAUGAACUACCCAACACACACACAGGUCCAGGUCCUCCCAGAGUUCGGAGAGACUCCGCUCUUCAAGCAGUUCUUUAAGGACUGGACGACCCCUGAUGACACCGUCGGCAUGGGAACAGCCUACAUAUCCAAUCAGAUUGCAAAGAUAGAGAAGGUGCCGUUUGACGUCUCAUCUCUCCACCAAUCAGAGGCCAUGGCGGCUCAGCACGGCAUGGUGGACGGAGGAGACGGAGACAAACAGGUGUGGCGUAUAGAGGGAUCACAGAAGGUGUCGGUGGAUUCGGGGGUUUGGGGUCAGUUCUUUGGAGGAGACAGUUACAUCAUCCAGUACGAGUACCAACACAGCGACAGACGAGGUUACAUCAUCUACAUGUGGCAGGGGGCGGAGUCCAGCCAGGAUGAGGUCGGAGCGUCGGCCAUCUUGGCGGUUCAGCUGGACGAUGAGCUCGGAGGCGGGGCCGUGCAGGUGCGUGUGGUUCAGGGAAAAGAGCCCGCCCACCUCAUGAGCCUGUUCAGGGGCCAGCCAAUGGUGGUGUACAAGGGCGGGACCUCAAGAGAGGGUGGCCAAUCAGAGGUGGCGGAUACCCGUCUGUUCCAGGUUCGAGCCAAUGCAGCAGGAGACACCAGAGCUGUGGAGGUGUACCCAUCCUCCAGCAGUCUGAACUCCAGUGAUGUGUUUGUCCUGGUGUCGCCCUCCGGCUGCUGGUUGUGGAAGGGGGGCCGCAGCAGCUCGGCUGAAGUCCAGGGAGCCAAACGCCUGGCUGAAGUCCUGCAGGUGACCCCCAGCCUGUUGGAAGAGGGGGAGGAGGAAGGUGCAUUCUGGGAUGCUCUGGGAGGCCAGGAGGACUACUGUCGGACCCCUCGGCUGAAGGACCAGAUGGAGGCUCAUCCUCCUCGUCUGUUCGCCUGCUCCAACAAGACCGGGAACUUCCUGAUGGAGGAAGUUCCAGGUGAGCUGACGCAGGAUGACCUCGCUCCUGAUGAUGUCAUGAUCUUGGAUACAUGGGACCAGGUGUUUGUCUGGAUCGGAAACGAGGCGCGUGAGGAAGAGAAGACCGAGGCCGCAGCUUCAGCUGUAAGGUACCUGGAGAGCGACCCGGCCGGCAGAGACCCCUGCACCCCCACGGUGACGUUGAAGCAGGGAUUUGAACCACCGACCUUCACCGGCUGGUUUCUGGGCUGGAACCGGGACUUCUGGACCGUGGACCCGCUGCAGCGCACCAUCGAGAGCCUGCAGGUGUAAAACAUGUGAUCCACUGUUUUCAUGUGAUGAAGCAGCAUCAUGAAUAAAUCUACCUGUCUACCUGAACAGCUGUCUGUCUGUCUGUGUGUGUGUCU